UUGUUGUUCUCGUCAUUCUUUGUUUGGAAUUAUUCAGCACAAAAAAGCACGAAAAAUCCCCCGACAACCGGCAGCGGCACAGUUCCUUCUGCCAUGUCCGGGUUAACCUGUCUUCCUGCCUGUUUCUGUUGAGUGAUUCGAACAUUCUCUUCACUUCGUUGGCUGUGUGUUUUUUUGUGAAGCGUAUCAAAACAAAAAAGUCAAUUCUACGCGUUCAACAGCGCGGUGUGCCAUCGGACAUCAAUCACCACCACCACGCAAACCACAAUGUCGUCCGAGUUACAGCACGAAAAUCAUCUCAUCCAGCUGCGUGCAAAACUGAACGAGCGUAAAAUUAAGCUAUGGGAGGUGCCAUACAUGCAGGUGGAAGGUGAUGAGCAGCGGCACAGCAACGGCGUAGAGAUGCUCCGGCUGGCCGUACAGUUCGGCGCCGAGCUCGGUAUUGCGACGGAGCUCUGCCUCCGGACGCUGACCGCACUGCAGCGGAAUGCGCUGGACAAGCUGCAGUCGAAGGAUGAGUUCCAGCGGACGGGCCUCGCGACGGUACGUGUCCGUGCACCGACCCAGACCGGUUCGAACCGGGAGUUUGAUCUGAAGGUGCAGGUCACGGAAACGGGCGGCCAGCUUUGCGAGCUGAUCGGACAACGGCUGUCGCUCGAUGCUCGGAAAAUCAAGCUGGUAUGCUCGGGCAAGAUCAUAAACGGAGUGCGUACACUCCAGGAGCAGAAGGUAUCGAACGGGGCCACCGUGAUGGCCCUGGUGAUGGCGUGCAGCGAGGAGGAAGCGAAGCGCGAAUGCUCGACGUACGAUCGUGUGCACAAGAUUCGCUCCGAUGCCGAGAUGCUGAUCAACGAGAACGAUAGCUCGAACUUUCUGAGCAUUGAGGACCAAUCAGGCAAUGCGAUCUUUCUGCCAAAGAAUGAAAAGCAAGCACUCCUCAUGGGACUCACCCUGUACGAGAAGGGCAAGGCGGCAAUGAAGGCGGACAGCUGCGAGGAAGCGCUGCUGCUGCUGCUGGAAGCGGACCACGACUUCCGGAACUGCAACUCCCAGCUGCUGAACGUGGUCGACAACUACGCACUGCUUAACCUCGACAUUGUGUGGUGCUAUUUAAGACUGAAGAACCUAAACCAACUGCCCGACGCGGAGGAGCGGCUGAAAGUGUGCGAGCUCAAGUUCCAGCAGAGCUACGGCAAAAACAUGGCCCGCGUGGCGGCAAUCCGUGGCGAACAGUCGAACGAGAAGAUACUGCUGGUGCGAUUGCACCUGCUGAAAGCCGUCCUGUACUUCCACCAGAACAAGCGCGACGAUGCGCGGACCAUGUUCCGGGUGGUGGAAACGGAGCUGCUGAAGCUGCGCAUCGACGACGACUGUCUGAGCCGGCUGAUGGAGUGUGGGUACGGGAUGAAGGAGUGCCGCAUAGCGCUGCGCGCCUGCUCGAACGACGUGGAGGCAGCGAUCGAGUUCAUCCACAGCCAGCGCGAGACGCGCCGGGUGAACGAGCGACGCUCGGAGCGGGAACGCCAGCUGUACCGCACGAUCGGGCAUGACGCGUCGGAGGGCGGCGAUACGCUGCGGCUCAAGCUCGAGCUGGUCGAUCAGCUGAUGGAGAUGGGCUAUCCGGAGGAGCUGGCGGCGCUGGCGCUGAAGCGAAGCGCGAACGACAUCAACGGUGCGCUGAACGAGCUGGAACGGAACGGGGAGGCGCUGCAGGCCGAGCUGCUGCGCACGGUGCUGGUGGACGAGGAGCUGCAGGCGAAGCUGGAAGCGCUCGGGUUCGGUGGGCAGGUGGCCCAGGUCGCCCUGAAGCUGAUGGCAAACGAUUACGACCGCGCUACGAACUAUCUGCUCACGAACGUACAGAACGGACGGUACAGUGAGGGUUUGCAGCGUGCGAUCGAUGUGCUGGAGCGACAGGGCGGUAGUAGUAGUAGUAGUAGUCGCAAAGGAAGCGUAUCGGAAGGCACGGACCAACAACCGGCGGCGGCGGCUUCCGACCAGCAGCCCUCGACGAGCAAACGAACCACAUCCACCUCAUCCGACACUUCCGCAGACGAGGCGAAGAGGCAGGAGCGAAAGCGCAAGAAGGAAAUGCUCGACCUGCUGUUCAAGAGCUUCUCGCAGGACAUACGCACGACGGCCGAUGCGCAUCUCGAUCUGCCGCUCGACGAGGAGAUGAACCUGCUGGAGCAGUACAAGAAGCUGCUCGGGAUGGAAUGACCCAGGAGCGAAUUCGGUGCCAAAAGUGUUGCUGGAAGUGUUCUUACUGGAGUUGAGGGAACAAUUUGCCUUAUUUUUUUGUAUCUGCGUAGAUGUACCUGAUGUCUACAUGCGAGGGGUUUUACACAGGAAAAAGAUGGGGAAGGGGCCAAUGUUGUUUUGUCUUCCGGAAACAGGAUAACCAUCCACCGCUAUUCCCCGUAUUACCAAUACAAUUUGCAAAUGAUUGUAAAGAGAGCAGCUUUGCUGUAAAUAGUUUAAAAAAAGCUCCAUUUUAUUGUGUUUUAAUGCUUUUUUUUUAUUUCUUUUCUCCUUUAUCAACACUAUUUCUCCAAUUAAUUCAUUCACUUUUUAAUAGAACGGAACCAAAUUUUAAUACUCUUGUUGCUUCCCUAAUUCUAUCGCCGAAUCUGUUGUUUCACUUGCUUUCGAAAUAAAAGUGCAUGUUCUCUUGAUGUAUUACAGCAAUUGUUUGUAACUUUGACUAAAGAAGAAAUAAAUAAAAACAUUACGUCUUAUUAGA